UGACAGACGAAGGAAGUUGAGCAAGAGCACAAAAUUCGCCCACCGAAAAGUCGGGUUGGUUGCGUUAUUUCUCUUGGCCUCUUGGAAUUUAUCUGCUUCUUUUGAAGACGACAACGUAGACCUUACUGUCCGCCUAGUUUCUUAGCUGUUUCCGCUAACAUUCGCUGUUUCCGGUGCUAAAUUUCCCUCGGCAGAUCUUUACCCGCCAAGAGAACUGGUUUUGACGUUGUGUACGUUGUGUACGUCGUAUAUUCCCAGUUUAACAUCUUCCUGUCUUGUUCGUUGUGGCUUAACGUCCGUAGUAAUCAUCAUGCAAGCUUCAGAUGCCGAGGUAGGGGUCCUGGUUAUUUUAUUGACUUUUUUCAUGUUGAUCUGUUGUUUGUUGGCGGGAGAUUCUAAAUUUGUACGUCUUUUCUUUUCAAAUUCUUGUUUGAUGAAGUGUCCCUUGUGCAUGGAACAGUUAGAAAUCGACGAUGUCAAUUUUUACCCAUGUACCUGUGGAUACCAGGUGAUGAAAUACUUAAGUUAUUAUUUUUGUAGUAAGGUUAUGUACACAAAAUCAAAAUUAAGUUACAGUAAUCUACAAGCUAUGCAAUGACGUGAGAAAACAAUUCGGAUUUUUGGCGUGUAUUAAUCGUAUGUGUAAGUAUGUUCCUCAUUAACAACAGAAUUAAGAGGCCUGCUAUUAUUAAAGUUGUAGGAACUUAGAAAAAGUUCCUGUCAUGAGUUUCAGUUCUGUGAUGUAAGCUUUUGUAGUUUACAAAGUACAUGUUAUGGCGGCAUAGUUAAACCCUGCCUUUGAAAGGUGUUUAUUUGUAAGGGCUCUCCACUUUGAGAUAGUUGAUUCUGAUUUGAAAAUUCAGAAAAAUCUUUGAUUUGCGUGUAACGUGUAUUGAAAUAUUGUAAAAAUAUAAGCAAGAAUUGCACAAUUAAUUAUCAACCUUUUAAUAAGUGUAGUUUCUGAGUGGUUAAAUUUUUAGUUGACAUUAAUUAGAGGUGUCUGUUGCUCUGUUGUUGUGGAUUACUCGCUAGAAUGUCUGUAAGGGGUUGUGCUGGCCAGUGUUCCAAGUCCUGAUCCUUUUGGAGACAAUCUGCCUUUCCUGUGUUCAAAUUUGGCGUGAUUUUACGACACUCAGGACUCUGUGAUGUGAAGAGGUUAAUGUAGUGUUAUCGCUUGAAGUGAUAUCUUUGUGGAGUAAAUGUAUUGCCUGUACCCAUGGUGAAUAGCACCGAACAUAGCCUAAAUUAUUUCAGCUAUUAUGCUGCGAAACACUGGAACACACUUUUUUGACAUUUGGCACGCUUUCGCUGGAACUAAGGAAUUUGUUAGCACGGGUUAGGAUUGAAAGUUCUAAAUUUUCAGGAUUUUUAUAACUUUUUGUCAUUAAAUCAUAAUUUCAGGUUAAGGUACUAUGAAUUAUAUCAUUGCUUUUUUAUAAUCUUAGCAAUUAGUAAUUCAAAUUUUUAGAACUUUCAAUUUUUAAAUUUUGUCUUAUUUUACUUGUGCAAUAUCUGUAAACUAGCUGUAUGGCUACGCAUACAUGUGUAUUUAUCAGGUAAAAUAAAGUGUCUAUGUCUAUCUCUAUGUCUUUUUGACAAUGGAAUGAGUUAAAUGCGUAAUAGAAUGUGCAGUUUUAAUGUUGCUAUGGUGAAAACAGUCUAAAUUUCCACCCAUCCUAAGCAUGGGCAGAAUACACUUAAGUCAGUGUUUGGUUCUCUUAUUAUUGAAUGCUCUGAAAGAAAUAAUAACAAAGCCAAGUUAUUAGCUCUAAUUGACUGACAUGUUUAUACUUAUACCUAAAUUUGCAGAUUUGCAGAUUUUGUUGGCAUCGCAUAAGAACAGAUGAAAAUGGACUGUGUCCUGCUUGUAGAAAGGUCUGUCUUCACCACUUUUAGCCUCUAUACAUAACAUGUACCUUCCCAUUUAUGUAUAUUACAUUAUGGUUGCAUCUAUAACCAUACAGCAAAAACAGGCAGUAUUAAUUACCAAUGUAAACUCAAGGUUGGGCAGUGUAAUAACUGUCAUCUUUAGAAAGCUGUGUUUACACCACUUUAGGCUUCUACACAGACAUGUGUAUGUGUGCAGUUGUAAUUAAACGGUUCCCAUACACAAACACUACAUUCUGGUUGCAGUCAUAACCAUAUAAAAAAACUAAGUAAUAUUAAUCUUGAACAGUUGUUAUUUCCUGGCACUAUUUCUUAAGGUUCUUGUGUGUUUUGAACAUAGAUGGAAUCUUAAAGUGUGACCAUGUACAUUCCGAAAAGUUUUACUAAGCAGUACUCUUUAUUUUGACUGUUUAACGCAGUUCUCAGAGUGCCUUUGCACAGAUUGACUCUUUGUAAACCUGUUGAGUACCUCUGCCCCACCCCCUGCCCACUAUCUGCCCCCCCCCCCAACUGCUCAUUUGUAGCAGACACAAUAACUUAAAUGGUGAAGUGAAACAUUCUCGGAGUUUUGUGAUUGUUGUUACAUUUUUCAGCCAUACAGUGAAGAUCCUGCAGUUUACACACCACUCUCACAGGACGAGUAAGAUGCUCUUUUUUACUUUAUCAGUAUUAUUAUUGCUGUACAUGGUAAUUUUAAAGUUAAAUUGGUUAUGAUGCGACAAGCGAAAAGUGUAGUCUCUGAUCAUUUAGUUGCGUUUUACUGUUUGCCUAUCGGAGUGCUGUGAUGAAAGCUUUUUGUGUUUAGAAAAACUUUUUAAGAAAAGUUACACAUAUUUUCUUGUUUCAGAAUACAGAGAAUUCUAAAGGAAAGAAAACAGAAAGAUGUACAAAGAAAACAAAAAGUGACUGAAAACAGAAAGCACUUAGCAAAUGUGAGGUGAGAUGUGUGAUAGAGAUGUAUCGGUGGUUACUGUUUAUGCAAGAAGUGUAAAAGUGUUGCCACAAUCCUUAUCUGCAGGUUGGCACUAUGCAUGCACAACACUUAUGUAGUCAGCUUUGUUUGGACUUACAUUUAGGAUGAUUGGAAUGUGCAGAAGGCAGUCUGAUCAUGCGCUUUUGGACCUUCUGUCACUCAUAAUCUGAUUACAUGGUUUGACCAUCUAUCACAUGAAACCUACGCAAGGCUCGGCGGAAUGGAUAACAAAAUGUUUUGACCUUUGAUCGUUGUUGCCUGCACUCUUUAGUUAUUACUAGUUCAUAUAAAUAAAAAGGCGGGGAUUUGGCCUGCUAGAUGUACCCCUUCCCCCAGUACACUGUGUAGGUGAUGUGAAGCAUUAUAGCAUACAUGCAUGGAACAUUUAUUGCAUCGCAUUGUUGCACUUGAAGUACCACUUGAAUUUUUACAUCAGUAACAUAAUUACCCUAUACACCACGUUGGAAGUAUUGUAAAAUAUGUGUCUUAAAGUUAUGAUGCCAAUUUGUUAGAUCCUGUGGUAUGAUGUUUUCACUUUAAUAAUCCCUUACCUUUGUUUAUCAUCUCUGUGGCAACUGGUUGUUGUUGUUUAUUUUGUGGUAGAGUUGUACAGAAAAACUUGGUAUUUGUAGUCAGAUUAACUGAUUGUUGUUUAUUUUGGUGGUAGGGUUGUACAGAAAAACUUGGUAUUUGUAGUCGGAUUAACUCAAAGAUUAGCAGACCCAGAGGUGAGAAUAAUUCAAGUAAAGCCCCAAUUGAUUCUAGAUUGUUUACUCUGAUGAUUAUCCUAAAAGUUAGUAGAGGAGAUAAAAGUUGUGCACAGUCAAGUUUUAAAAAACCAAAGAAAAGCAGAUAGACUGUUGUAUGUCAUAUAACUAUGGCACUUCAUUAGCUAUGACCUACAGUUACUACAGUCGACUCCCAAUAACUCGAAGGUUCUAGGGAAAUUAAAAAAAGCUUGAGUUAUCGGGAGCUCAAAAGCAAGUAACCGGGAAUAAGGAAAUAAGCAAAUGGAUGGUGGGGAGGGAAUGCAACUAUCAUGCACACCUCAUUUCAAGGGCAGCAAAAAACAAACACGAUAGUUCGCGAGCAAAUUAUUAUACUUCGGGCGGUAGUACGGAGCUUUUAAAAACUGCUGUCCAUAGGUGGGAAGAAUGCCAAACUAUAUUUCCAUGGUGCAGAAUGAAUUCCAAAUUAUAUUCUAGGAAAAAAACAAGGUUUCCACGAUAAAAAUCCAAACUGAAAUGCACUUUGAGAAACAUAUUGUGCAACCAAAACAAGUUCGUCUGCGAAGUGAGACGCACCAGUUGACAAUAAUUGUCAGUGCGUCUCACUUCGCACUUUCUCUCAAUUUUCACCUGUACUUUGAAGCUGCUGGCCCAAGUUACUUUAAUGUUUUCUGUAAAAUACGUCUGCAGUCAAAAUUUCAGCUAGAAUUACGUCUUGAUCAGCAAAACGGGUGAGCAAAAACGGUGAAAACAUUAGACCAGGGCACCACAACAUCACAAAUCAGUGAAGUUACUGUGACUACCCACCCAAUACUUUAAACUUCCAAUGCUAUUAUAAGCCCCUCCACUUAUAAGACCCCCCAUUUAUAGGCCUAUCUACCUGUAAACAAAACAAUACACCAGUUUAAGCCCCCAAAUAUCAACCCCCUCUAGCUUGUAAUUAAAAUGAAUUUGACUUUUUAUGACGUUUUGAAGCUUAAAAAAAGCAGUCUAACUCAAAAAGCAUAUUGAUCAGCACUGCUACAGAUCUAGGUAUGCAGCUUGUUUCGAAACACUUUUUUCAGUCCAGUUAUAAGCCCCACCUCCCCCCUAAAACUCCCUACCUAAAACUCCUUAUGACGUUGUAUGACCUGAGGGCUUAUAAUCAGAAGUUUAUGGUACAUAGAUAUAAAGCCAACUCGUGUUUCCGUCUUCCUUUGCGAUCCAUGCACGUUCCAUGUGCAAUGUGGAUUAUUAACUUGCUUGCUUUACAAGGAAUUAUUUCUUACACUUCUCAACCCCUUUUGGCUUUUUUGUAGCUUUUAAAAAGACCAGAGUACUUUAGCAAGUUUGGCAAAAUACACAAGAUAGUUGUGAAUAAUAGCACAAACUAUGCUGGACCUCAGGUGAGUUAGUUCCACUCUGAAACAUGUAAAUGUGAUCAGUUUCAAAUGUUGAACCCCCCCCCUCCCCCCCAAGUGUCCUUGUUUAGUAAAACAACUGAAUCUGUUUACGGAGAUCCAAACUGUUUGGAUUUUCGUAUUAUGGAUUUUCAUUUACUGGUACAAAAGAUAAAAUAGAGUGGCUAAAAAUGUUAUUAACCUAGUAAAUUCAAAAUCGGGGAGUAGAGAUUGAGUCCUUAACUGUCUAUGCACUUUGUACAAAUUAGCGUAAUAGUGCAUGGGAGUUUAGAGGAAAUAUUGAUACAUUAUUUUAAUGGUCAUUAUAAGCAAUUGGAAAAUGAUCAAUUUUAUUAUGGAAAAGUUGCUGACUGUUUAGUGUCAUGAAGGCUGGAUAUACUUGUUAUUUUACAAUAACUGAGUGAAUCCUUGUGUGCUGUUUGGUCAAGAGCUAUGGUCUAUGAGAGUAUAGACCAUGGGAAUGAUGUAACAUGUCAUGCAGUGCCGGUUGUUUUGUUUGGUUUUUUGUAAAAAAAUAAGUGUUAUUCUAAAAAACAAAUCGACCACAAUUUUCCAUGGUCUACACUCUUAUAGACCAUAGAAAUGACGCCAUAGAAUGUUCAAAACUUUGCAGUGAAACCACUCGCCUGUGGCUCGUGGUUCCACUUGAGUUUUGAACAUUUUAUGACGUCAUUUCUAUGGUCUAUAAGAGUGUAGAUCACGGAAAAUUGUGGUCGAUUUGUUGACUCUAGAAACCAAUUAUCAUCAUCUUUGAAAUUAAUAAUACCUGAAACUGACUAAAUUUACAUGUAUGUGUACAACGUGAAAAUUCUAAUUGGCUGUUUAUAACAUCUUUCCAGGGUCCAAGUGCAAGCGCGUAUAUUACUUAUGUCAAAGAGGAGGUAGGUGGUUGUUACUAAGAGGAUUUUGUGAUGAGGUGAUUUAUUUUGCGGGUACUUAACUGUUAAAUAUAUGUACAGAGAAACAAUUAGUCAUACAUGAACUUUAUUUUCACAUAAAUUUUAUAGUGGCCAUUAAGACUAAUAUCUCUGUGUAAAAUUAAAGAAAAGGUAGCUAGCUUAUUUACAUUAAAAGUACAUUACCUACUAAAAUAUUAUCCAUAUUAUACUACAUUGUUCGUUGAAAAUAAUCAUUGUGAUAGGCUAAUGUUAUUCUUGACUAGUUAUCAUUUUCAAGGGACGUUUAAAACUUCUUUUGAGCUUUCUAGUUUAGAACUAGCUUUUGAGUUUUAACAUAGUACAAGGGACUGAUUAUUUUGCUUUCGUUGUUAACAGGAUGCAAUAAAGGCCAUCAUAGCCGUGUGUAAUACUCAUCUUGAUGGACGAACACUCAAGUAAGAAAAAUCAUUUCAUUAAAAAUUAUUUGAAUGUAGCUUCCCACAGAAGUGAAAACAAACUUUGUAAGUCAUUUACCAAAACAUAGGUUUUGGAGAAUUAGGUAUCUGAACCAUUGCUGUAGGAUUGUUUUUCAGUGUUUUAUGUUCAUACAUGGGUAGAUUUUGAAUCCAGUCAUUGUUUUUGUGACAUGGGAAUGCCUGAGCUACCCAUAAUGGCUUAUUAAUACUUUCCAAUAAUUUUUCAAACUUUGUCUUUUAGCCUUAUGAUAAUGUUUUGUAAACUUGUUUUUUUUUAACUUUGCAGGGCAUCACUAGGAACAACAAAAUACUGUAGUUACUUUCUGAGAAACAUACCCUGUCCUAAAACAGUAAGCAAUCUGAUUUUUUUUUAUUAUCAUUCAUUUUCAAAUAAGAUUACAUUUAGAAAUAAGUGAACUAAAAGGAUGAAGGGGGUUUUUUUAAACAAGGAUCUGCUCUCAGAAAAAAAUUAAGGAGCCCAUGCUCUGAACCUGUGAAAUGCAGGGCGCCCAGCAUAUGAUUUCUAAGCAAAAACUGAGAUUUCCUGGGUCUUGCACAACCCUGUUUUUAUUAUUUUAUCACAGUCUUUGCUGGUGUUCUUUUUGUGCAUCAGCCGGGCGCAAACCAUGCUCGUAGAGCGUCAGUCACUCAAGUCAAUCAUUCUGUUCAUACACUGAGCACCUUUCUGAGGAUUCGUGCAGAUCCCAGCAUGCAGAUCUUUUGAAUCUCUGUCAUAGUAGCUCUCUCUGAUACUUAUUAUUAUCAUUAUCAUUAUUUUUUGUCAAAUAGGAAAUUUAUUUUCAAAAAUAAGGCAAAUAAAGGAACUUGACAAAUACAUAGAAACAGAACACAUCAUUUGAGGAGGAGGACUUAUUCAAGGAGAGAGGGCCUAUUUAAUGGGUUUUCAUCAUUAUUGUUAAUAUUAAUUGUGCCUUAUAUAUUGUUUUUUAGGAUUGCAUGUAUCUUCAUGAGUUAGGUGAUGGAGCAGGAAGUUUCACAAAAGAUGACAUGCAAGCUGGGUUAGUGCUCUUUUUCUCCUUUUUUUUCUGCUCGAUACUUCCUUUAAAUUGUCAGCCUUUUUGGCCCUGGUAUCUUUCAAUGUUGUGUUUGCCAUCCAAAAUGUUUUAGUCGGACUGGUUGAUCCACACAUCCUGCCACUCUGUCUUGGCACUCUUGGACUAGAUCUGAUCAGAUCAUUACAGAAAUUACCCUGAGAAAAGCUUAUUGUCAAGCGUAAAAGUUAUUAUUUUUGUAAAAAGUUCUGUUUAACUUAAACCUUAAAAGAAACAUUAGGAAAUAACGAAGUGUGCAAGUAAAAAUGCUGCAGCUUUGUCUCAGCGAAACCAAAAGGUAAAAAGUCUAGAUGCUAUAAGAAUCCACAUGACAACAGGCCAUUUGCAUGAUGGCGUCAUUUUACUACCACGACCAGCAUCCUUUUGUUUUUCCUUUCAUUUUAAAUUUGGUAAUCUCAGCGAGGAUAAAAUAACAAAAGUCCCAAUUUGCACAAGAAAGCGAAACCUUGAAGAAUGCUGGUCGUAGUAGUAAAAUGCAAAUGUCCAAUUCUUUUUUUUUUUUUUUUUUCACGUGACAAUUCUUGGACGUAUGUUGUCUUUUUUAGGAAACAUCAAGAAUAUGAACAACAGUUAAUUACAUUUUAUUCAAAGAAAAUGUAAGUUUCAAAUUGAGUUAUUUAUAAUUAUUAUGUGGAUAUUUCUUGUAUUUGGUGAUAGCAAAGGGGUGAAUAGCCAAAGAUUCUAAUAAAUCAUCUCAAAAUGAUUUAAAAGACAUUGUUAUUUAUUACUGUCUUUGUAAUAAAUCUUGACUUUCCACUGCUAUAAAAUAGGAAGUCCAAGUGUUGUACUGGUACAUGUAUGGGCAUCCAACCACACAACACAACUUAAAAAGAACAAGACGUUUUGAACUGCUUGAGAAGAAAGCCAAUAAUAAUUAUCAAGAGUAGAGUACUGUACUCACCCUUUUCUUUUCUUUCUUUCUUUCUUUUCUUUUUUUUUCUUUUUACAGGGGCCUUAGUAAUGAUAAGGUAAGCCUUCUUAAUAUUUUGUAAAAUGGUUAUCUUAGAUAUGGCGUGCUUUGUGACUCUCCAGCCACUAUAAAAUUAUUUUAUAGUGGCUGGAAAGUCACAAAGCACACCAUAUCUAAGAUAACCAUUUUAAAUUGUACAAUUACAAUGACUUUCCAUAAAAUAAUUUUAUAGUGGCUGGAAAGUCACAAAUCAUGCCAUAUCUUAGAUAACCAUUUCAAAUUGUACAAUAAUUAUUUAGAAUUGUCAGUGUGAGGUGGAAAUUUAAAUCAUCACUUGUGGAUAUGGCAAGCUUUUGCUGGAGAGUUUGUUAACCCAGAGCAGUAGCGCAGGUCUACCAAUCCCACCUUUUAACUAACAUUUACUUUAUCAAAAUAAUGUUGCCUGCCAAUCAGACAAGUUUUGAUUAAACAUACUAGCCUGUCAGGCCGUUCAACGCUCCAGGCUAUCGAGCAGUACUUUUUUUGUGCCCUGGUCAAAAGUGGCCUUUGUGUGUCAAGAAAACCUUUUGAAAACAGAUGAAUUAUGGAUGGUCUAGGUAAUGAAAGCAGUCAUUAACUUAGUAAAAAGCUUAACUAAAACAAAAAGUCUUUUCUCAUUUAUAACUUUGUAGUGUUAACCAAAAUGCUGAACUGCAAUGUGUUUCUUUAUACCCCAACAACCUAUGAUUAGUUGGGAGUCUCACAGUGAAAUACCAUUGAACAUCCCUUAGCUAAUAAUAUUAUUUCAGUAGGAAGUACAAACUACAUGAAUAACAAGUCACCCUUUUUUAACACCACAUUUUUUUCCUUUGAAGGAUUCAAAAGAAUGUUGGCCUGUGGUAGACAGCAGUGAAAACAGAGUGUCACCAUGUUUACCACUGGGGGCAGCCUGGUAUGAUACUUUAAAUUUUGAAUAUCUAAAUCUGGAUUUCUUAGUAGAAUACACUUUAGUGAGACAUCAGACAGUCUGGAGGCAGUUGAUCACCAGCUCUGAACUUUACUUGUCACACUUGUAGUAUUUCUUCUCUUUGCCUAGGUAUAGCUGCAAUAUUGAAUAUCACAAACCUGAUGUAAGGCAAAAUAAAAUACAUACCAAGUGCCAAUUGUUCAAACAAUGGAAAGCACUAUCCGUGAGAUAAAUCACAAUUUAGAGAAACCAAGCUUGUUAUAUAGAGAUUUAUCCACCUUUUGAAGAACUGGGGCCGAGUGACUAAAAUGGCCAUUUUUCUAAUUAUCAAAAUUCAUACUUGGCUCUCAAGCUGAAGGGAAUUUUGUUAAACUUCAUACUUGGCUCAGAAGCUGAAAGGGAUUAAACAAAAGACAUGCUAUUGAGAUUUAGCGAUGAAUAAUACAUUUCUUCAGUUUUAUUCAAAACUGGCCUGUUGCUUUAUACAUGUACAUAGGCACUGACUCUGCAGUUUCCUCACUACCUUUCAGGGCUGGUAAAAAUGAAGAUGAUACAAAUCAACCUGUUGCAGAUGGUGGUGAUAGUUUAGCGCCGCAAUGUAAAGAAGACUGGGAACAGUCCUGGACACCUCCUACGGCCAUGCCUGAUCAGACCUCUUCUGCUUCAAUAACACAUCAACAACCAACAGUUUUUCCUCAGACAUCACAAGCUAGCACAGGUAGCGAAUGCUUUUGAUUAAUAAACAGUAAAAUUUGCCCCUUUUAGGUCACAAAUACAGAAAAGUAUACUAUAGACUAAGCCAUCCCAGUAACCCCAUGACUUCUCAUUUGUUUGAUUAAGUCAAUAUUGGGCAAAAGCAAUUGUGGAGAAUUUGAUAAACUUUCACCCUUGUAGGAGACAAAAUUGCUUAUAACCAACUCAGGACUUUACAACUCAUGGACUAUUUUACACCUUUUAUCUGUCGCAGCUAAUUUUUUGUGUCUAAUCAGUUAAUUUUUGUCUUUCCUAAAUGUUUCUUGAUAUAGUAAUUUAUGCUAAUUAUUUUGAAACAAAGGAAAAAUGAAAAUCAACUGAAGUGGAAAAAUGAACUGGUACAGAUCCAACUCCAGUGCAUUGGAUAAUAAUAUGUGAAGUAUUCUUCCCCUCAUUGUAGCAAAAUGUCUGGAACAGGACCUUAAUACAAAUUACAUUAUGUUAUCCUUGAGUCAUAACAAAUAAUAAUUUAUGUUCAAAGUCCUUUGAUGUUGUGUCAUAUCAGGGUAAUACUGUUGCUGUAUUAAAGGUUUGUCCUUUUCAGAAAAGUUUUAGGCUUGCGUGCAUAGUAUUCCUUCGGUUUAAUGUUAUUUUAUUUGCCCCAGUUACACUGUAUCACACACUUAAAAUAGAUUGUAGGAAUAUUUAUUUGCUGUAUUAUCUUGCAGGGUGGGCAAAUACAGAAAGUGCUACUCGUGUCUUAGAGUAAGAGGCAUUUCUCUUUUAAACUACAGUUUGUAAGAAAACAACAACAGAACGUUUCCUUGUUAGUUUCUUUACAAAUCUUUUCACAUGAACUUUUCCUUUUUUUUUGAAAACUUUAUUAAUGACUUCCCAAAUGGUACAAUAAAAAAUUAUACCAAUUAACAACAGUUGGGAGCUAGCUACACUAAUUACAAUUUACAACACUACUCAAUACCAAAAUAAGAGAAAGAAAAAUUGUAAAUAAGUGAAAGUGAAAAAAAUAAAAUAGUUUGAACAAUCAAAGCUGUUUGUUUAACACAAUUUCUUUUAUAGCCUAUUGAAAUAGUGACGUCAGAAGUGGGCAGGCAGCUGAUUAUGAAUGUUAAUAUUAGAAUUUGAGGAUAGAAGCCAGCUACAAUUUGCAAGUUACAGCUAAUGUAACAGGGUGCAAAGAAAGCCAGUUUUACAGCUUGCCAUUCGGGCAAGCUGUAGCUAGCAUGUACUAGCCCAAAAGUCAUUUCAACUAGCCCCCAAAAAAUUUGAUGAGCAGAAUUGAUGACAGUUCUUCUGUUAUUCGAAUUCCUAAAAAAAUAUCACUUGCCCGUUGGGCAAGUUAGAAACAGUAUUCAUUAGCCCGAUAGCAAAGUCCACUAGCCACGGGCUAUUGGACAAUACUUUCUUUUCACGCUGCGUAACCUGAGAAAACAGCCAACAUUUUGUAAUGCACCUCUGCUUUCCCCUCAAAAUGACCUGCUAGGAAGGAGCACAGAAAUCAGAAAUUCAAUACAGAUGAUACAUCACCACCCAGAUCUGGGUAGUGAAGUGUCAUCAGUGUGGAAGUUCUGUGCUUUUUCCUCAGACGUCAUUCACAGGGGAACCAGUGGUGGUGUGGUGAAAUGUCCGCUGUUUUCACUGGCUGCAACUACCUUAAACUUGUGAAUCAAGUCUGAGAACAAAAUCCAUAAGCAGUUUAUUUCAGGGACCUUUCUUGCAGCUGUAUAACUUGUGAUAUUAAGUACUCUUGAAUCUUACUAAAUUCUGAAGCUGAUUACAGACUGUUAGGGAGAUAUUUUGAAAUAAAUUAUUUGAACCAUUUUUAAAUGGAUUGAAUUUUUUUUUUUCCUGGCAGGACUUCCAGCCUGUUCACAGGAGAUAUCUGUGGUACCGGCUUAGGACUGGCCAAUCUACACUUGAAAGUUUAUGGAGAUGAUGAUUUAGGUAUGAGCUUAACUUAUGCUUUGUUGGGAGUUCAUACAGGUCAUGGAAAACCUGGAAAGCUAUGAAAUUUAAGAAUUUCACAGUGUUUUUUUUUACCUCUGCAUCCUGUGUCCCUGAUGCAUAAAAAAUUCUCAAAGACACAAAAUAAUAAUUCAUGACAUCAUGAGGUAUGCCUCCUUUUGUAGGAUGCAAAGAAUGAUUGAAUGAUUUGAAGAUCUUCUGGUAGAACAUCCUGUUGUGUGAUUUCUCAGGCUGUUGUUUAAAGUUGCAUAUUUUUUGUGCUUUAAAUAUAUAGAAGAACUAUAUAUAUCAGUUAACUGUAAUAAAGAGUUUUGGCAUCUGUCUCCAGAUUAACUGUCUGGUUACAUAAAGGCCUAAGUAUAACUCCUUUUUUUUUUUAUCUGCGACUGAUUGGUUAUGGGCGGAGACUUAUGAUUUUUCACAAGAUGAGUACCAGGACUCACCAUAACUAUUUGUAACAAAAGCACUGAUUUCAUUUUCCAGACCUGGAAUUUAAUUGCAGGUCAUGUUUUUUGUACACUAAAUUGCAGCAGCCGAGUUUCUCCAAGUUUGAUGUUCUGUGCCAGAGCUUCAUGUAGUCAAACAGGCUGCUCAGAAUUUAAAGUAGUUAUUUUUAGCAACGUAAUGACACUUGAAAUAAGAAAAUCACUGUAUUGUUCCUUUUAUAUUUAUUUAUUUAUUUAUUACAGAUAAAUAAAUAAAUAUAAAAGGAACAAUACAUAAAAUAAAUAUGAUAUAUAAUAAAAUAAUAAUCAAAACAUUUGCCUUUCCCAUUUUUAGGGUUUGACCCAUGGAAUGAGUGCAGUAAAGGUUUAGCAGAUCUCCUCCAAGAGGAAGAACAAACCACAAAACCUCAAUCAACACAACACAUUUCUACAGCUUCACAUACACACAGCUUCUUAUCUCCAUUUCCAAGAGAUGUAAGAAAUCUUCAUGAAUUUUGUUUAAUUUCAAAGGCAGUGUUUCUUUUGUUUUCCCUGCAUUGCCUUUAAAGUAAAAUCAGACCACAUGGGUAUGGUUUUCCCUAUUCUUUACUUGAACAAAUGUGACGUUAUUGUUGUCUUAUUAUUUUUUUGUUAUAGCCUGAUGACAUUAGAAACUUGCAAGAUGGACUAAGGGCACUUCUUCCUAAUAUAAACAUUAAUUUUUCAGGUACUGUAAUUACAAGGAGAUACUGUGCCUGACAUUGUACAUAAUCUUUUGUAGCUGUGUUUGAUUUUUCCUUUUGCUCUAAUAUUAUUGCUUGGCAUUUCACAUGUUACCCACAGUCCUUGCAAAGAACAUUGCCUUGGGCUUUUUCCGGGACAAUUUUUUUAUUUUGUUGUGCUGGAAGAUGAUUGGUGGCAAAAAAAAGAGUCUGUAUCUUUGUAAAACAAAAGAAACAGUGCCACCUUGUUGCAUGCCUUACAUUGGAAAGACACUGAAUGAUAUACAGAACAACAACAGGUUCCUUACACCUCAGACACACCAAGAUUUUUUUUCUUUGUCUAAUGUUAACAAAUCUUUUCAAAAAUUCUGUUUUCCUCCUUCUUGUUUCAUCACCUAGAUUCUCUCCUAUCACAACAACAAAAUUCCUGGCCUCCAACAUCAUCAUCAUCAUCAUCGUCAUCUUCUCUUGUGACAGAACCAAGCCAUACGAACUGGCCUUUCACAUCACAGCAAGCGUCAGCUGCUUUACAAGGUUGGUAUCCAACAAAACAUACAUCAGAACAUGCAGUUUACGAGUUAAUAGAAGGCCAAAAUGUCCAUGAUCAGAUUGCAUUCUGUGCAUUCCACUCAUUCUUGGUAGCAGUCCAAACAAAGGUGGCUACAUAGGUGCUGUGAAGCAGUAAUGGCAACCUGGGCUGAGUUGUUCAAAGCUGGUGGGUUAAGAUAACCCAGGGUUAGUGCGAGAUUUGAAUUAAGAAGCAUUUCAGUUUUCAUUUUUUUUUCCACAAGUUGAUGAUUUGAAGCUCUAAAAAUAUCAGAGAAAAUUAUGUGAGAAAAAGCUUUUGAACAUAAGAAAAAGAAACCUGGGUUAAAUUUAACCCCAGGUUAAGCGCUUAUCGGGCUUCCAACAACUGGGCCCUGGAGAUUAGGACUGUCACUCAAAAUAGAGAGGAGCCAAAUUUCUGAACGACUACAAACGGAAAACAUCAUUUAAAACGUUUAUUUACAGUGUUUCAAACUUCAUCAGUCUUAUUCAAUUUCAUUUAAUUUGUCAUAUGUCGGUGAAAUUUUUGGGGGUUGAAUUCAAAAGGACCAUAUCUAAGUUUAGAAAAAGGAAAAAAAAAUUGGUGUUGUGUUCACCUACUCCAUAAAUCAAGCAUGUGAAAUUAGAAAGUGUCAUGUCGCCGUCAUGCAACAGCAGCUAAGCAAUGUACAGAAAAGUGUGAUGUUUUUUUUUUUGUUUGAUGUCACUGCCUAUCUUUUUUUUAAUUAUUAUAAUCGAUCACACUGUUAUAAGUUACAGAAAGUACAUAAUUAGGGAAUAACGAAUUGGAAAAAGAGGGAAGAGAGGAAGUUCAUCUUACAACAGAUGUAACACCUUUUACAUUAAUAUAAGGGCCUGACUUUAUAACUAAGUUUCUUUGAUAGUAUCUUAAUCAUAACAGCUUCUAAAUAGCGUUUAUCAAUUACCGAAUUUUUCAAGCUGGUAUUUCAUUUCUAUUUAUUUGGCAAAGUUUGAGAGAGUACGCGCUUUGUUAUGAAUUUAACAAGAAUAAAUGUAUAUCUCAUAAAUAACAGAGGGUAGUUUAAUUGUGCUGUAAGUCAGCUAUUGUUUGGUGAAUUUUCGAAAUAAUUAUUCUUUUAACAAAGGGAGUAUGUUGGAGUUAUUACUAGAAUUGGAGUAUGAUGUUGUUUUUUGCUAAUAUAAACCUACUGUUUUUUUGCCGUUCUCGUUAAGCUCCCCAUUGUUGUGAUCCAGAUAUUUUACCACCAUGGUAGCCUGCGUGGCAAGCGUUUCCUCGCGAGGUUCGUCUAGAAAGCUAGGACAAGAGCAAAAAAAAAAAAGAAUGACGGGGGAGGGGGAGGGGAAUGAAGGUUUCCUCUUCUCCCCUCCCCCUCCCCCUUCAACCUUUUUUUUGCUUCCGCUCUAACUUUCGCCCAAUAACUCGAUUGGAAACGCUUGCUAUGCAGGCUACCACCAUGGUAAUGUGAUGUCACAUCUUUCUCCAUUAUUGACAGCCCUGUUUAGUGAGCUGAUGGAAAGGGUAAAUCAGUUUUCAGUACUAUUGGUGGUUAGGCCUAGUAAAAGCCUUUGUGACUAAAAUGAACUUGUUUCAUUUUGUAGUUCGCCCUCCUCCCGGAUUUGAAUGUAAAUCGCCCUCUAGUCACAUGUCAUCUCUUGAUGAUCCCAGUAUUUUGUGGUCUAAAAGAUUAGAGCCAGGUCAGUAUCAACCGUUUUGAAUGAUAUAAGCACCUGUCCAAUGUCUCAAUUUAACAGUGGACUCAAAAUACACCUAAAAAAUGCUUCUCUGAUUUUUACACAUGGUGGAAAGGUUAAGAGGAAAAGGUUCACUCUUUCACCAUCUUCAUUUUCUAGAAUAACUCUUAGGUUUCACCGUUUGUCAAACCUGUAUUAAGUGGUCAGUACAGUAAGCCUUUUCCCAAGGGUGACCCCAUAAUACAGCUUUGACUGUAUGUUGAACACUGAGCUAAAAAGAUAGAUAACUUGGAGUGCUGGUGUAUAACUUCCAUCUAUUUACAGUUCUUAUUUAGUUCAUUCAUCAACAGACUCAUUUUCUUGUGUUUUCAGGCAACCCAUCAAUUACAAGGACUGUAUCUAAUGGAUUUCCUGGAAUGCAUCCCUUAACAAGACCAGAUCUUCACAGCGCCGCGGUACGUCAGUCCUUUUUUAUUGUUCAUGCCUAUCUUGUACCAAGCAUGUUUUAAGAAGCGACAAACCCUUGCCACAAGCCCUAGCCAAACAAAAAUUUUAUUUUUACUUCCAGAGACCAUAAUUUUUAUUUUAUCGGCGGAGGGGGAAGGAUGGAGGUUGGGAUUUCACUGUUCAGAGUAAGAUCCUGUAAAACCUGACUUGUGCCUUCACACAAAGGCAGGGGUUAACCGUUGGUCAACCGUCCGAUAUAGGGAUGUACCUCUUAAAAGCAAGUUGACAGCAAAAAAACCUCUGCAAUGAAUUGUAAAAUUUAAAAAAAUCCGUGUCGCAUAUUUUACCCAAAGGAUCUGGGUCAAGUUUGUUUUUAUAUUUUUGUUAAAGUUUCGAUGAGUCUUGGAAUAUACCUUGCCUCAGUUGAAAAAUUAAGGCACAGAAAAACGGACAACAAAAAACAGGCCACUUGUUUUGCAGCAUUGCUGCAGAAGGAGUUGAAUAUCGGUGUUGCGCGUUUUACCACCCACAUCAACCUGUCUUGCAACAAAUCAGGUUGUUGACAGGUUUGAACGUCGUUGGUGAAACACACAACACCGCUUUUCAACUCGUUUUGCCGCAAUGUCGCAAAACAAGUUGCACGUUUUCGUUUAGACUACGAGCAGUCUCUCUUUUCUGUAGUCCGUCGAGCAAAACGCGAGACACGCAAAUGGCCACGCGCGUCCGCCCUCGUUUCGCGCGUCUCGCAGCUUCGCCGCUCCCGCGCGCGUGCAUUGCUCUUUCGUUGCCCGUUUUACCGAAGUUUUAGAUGGCACUGUCGACAGAAUAAUUCACUUUCCAGUGAAUAAGUUGAAUGGAAAGUACUAUCUAUUGGAUACAGAUUCAUCCAGUGGAUGGUGCUAUCCAUCUUCUGUACAACUGAGGCCUGAAAAAUAAUAUUUUUUACAAGGUUCGAACACUGUAAUUUUCAUUUGAAGCCAGUUUACAGUAUGUCGUGUUUGUUCUAGGCAGUCUCAUCAGGAGAGAGGAUAGAAGCACGAUUAAAUGGAGAUUCAUUGAUGAAUAUAAACUCUAAUACUAACGCUGGCUUGGAUAAAUUAAACAGAAGAAAAGACCGAAAAGAGCCCUCUACGGAAAAUAUUAUAAAGAAUUCAAUCAUAGAAGGAAUUCACUCCAUGUCGUCUGUGACACAUAAUCCUGUUGAGCAGGUCCAGACGAGAGUCAGUGAAUUAUCUGUUAUUAAUGUGAACGAUCCGGUUCAAUCGUGGUCAGACUAUGAUCUGACAACUAAAAACGCGGAUGGCAGAUUACAAGAGAGUAGAACAUUACGGCAGAGACGAGACGGAGAAACCGCCAGUAAGGACAUACAGCGGCAACAGCAGCAAUCAGGGUAUUCAAAAGUUGGAAGAAAGUAGAACGACACAACAGGCUUGAUAAUAAAUCGAAUCCUAGGUGGUCUUAAAAACAUCUGAAGGCGAGUCCUACUGAAAAAGUGUUCAAAAACGAGGAAAAAAAUCUAAGGGAAGGCUGUUCAGUUGAGAAGAAGGUGGCUCAAGUAUUCUUUGGUGGGUUUAAAACUGACAGUUGUAAGAGUGGUGUGUAUUUCCAGGCAACUUGAAGAACACACUUUAGCCGCCAUAGACUUAAUUGAAGAGAGUACAGCAAUGAUCAUGGAAAAGAAGUAAUGCGCUUAUCGUCGCUUUGGAGGACUCGUUUUUUUGAAAGGAUACUGAAGCAGUAAAUGAUUUAGUACCGUAUUUACUCGAUUAGAAGAAUGCGGCGUUUAUUCGAGAAUUAUAGAAAAACUCGGAACGACUUUGUAAACCUACACCAUCCAGACAACUACGAUUCUAUCUCAGCAAAAAAGCAAGACAUGGAAACUUUUACAUCUUUUUACAAAAUAUUAAUUUACAAAUGACUUGCCGUAAUUGUUUUCAGUGAUUUAAGACGUGAUUUGGAAGUAAAUGCCGUAGGGGAAACGCUAAAAAAUUAAUAAACGUCUCGAUGUUUGAUCGAGUAAGUACGGUAUUUGUGAUAAUAAUAAUUAUAAAAAAAAAACUAAACUGCAAAAGACAGGCAACAUUUUAAAAUGGUCACAGAUAGUAAUUAAUCCAUUUUGUUUAUUUUCCGUGGGAGAACGUUCGAUAUUAAAAUACGGACACUUUUCUCUCACGGAGAAAAACGGUAAAAACCCAUAGCCAAAUCGCAGGUCACUGUCGUCAUUGUGAAUACAGAAUGUAUUUUUUGCAGAUUGCAUAACACCAAUCGUUACAAGCAUAUGAACUUGUUUUAUAGAGAAAAAGAAAUGGCUGUUUGCUGUUUUCUGACAAAAGCUGCUGACUUGUCUUGUGCCUCAAAUCUAGUGGACUUCGAUAGAGUUCUGCUCUCUUGUAAUAUGAAUACUUUAAAAUAACAAUAGCAAUAAUAAACAGGAACAGA